AACCCUGACUAGAGAAUAAUAGGAGAGCACUAGGACCCUGCAGACACCGGAAGGAAAGUCACAUGGAAGGAAGGGAAACAAGCUACUGAUCUGCAUUUGAAGGAGAGUGAGACUGUUUGUAAUUUAAACAACGUGGAAUUUCUCCAGACUCAAAGUUGGAGCGCCAUGUCACAGCAGAGGAGGAGAGGUCGGUCCAGUUUGCUGCGGGACGCUUCCCACCUGCAGGCAGAAGACGUGGAUAUGGAGGAAGAUUCUAUAAUGCCGACUCAGUCCUUAUCACAGGUUCAAAGAAACCUUCAGAAUCAUUCACAGGAACAAGUUAACCUGAAGGUGGGUGAAGUGGUACAGUACCUGUUGAUAAAAGAUCAGAAAAAGCUCCCUAUAAAGCGGGCAGAUAUUGUGAGAAGCGUGAUUAAGGAAUACAAGGACAUUUACCCAGAAAUCAUUCACCGUGCGCAAAUCACUCUGCAACAGGUGUUUGGCUUUCAACUGGAGGAGAUUGACACAAAGAGCCAUAUAUACAUUCUUACCAACAAGCUGCAGCGGGUACAAGGAGAUGGCAUGAGAGUGGAUGAGAAUACAUCCAAGCUGGGUCUGCUUAUGGUUAUUCUGAGCCUCAUCUUCAUGAAGGGCAAUACAGCUAAAGAGUCUGCUAUUUGGGAAAUGUUAAGGCGUCUGCGUAUUGAACCAGGAGAGAUGCACUCUGAGUUUGGGGAUGUGAAGAAGCUUGUCACAGAGGAGUUUGUUAAACAGAAAUAUUUAGAAUACAACAAAGUCCCACACAUAGAUCCUGUAGAGUAUGAAUUCCGAUGGGGCCAGAGAGCUUUUAAAGAAACCUCAAAAAUGAAAGUGCUGGAAUUUGUCUCCAAGAUUCAGCAAAAAGACCCCAAAUCAUGGACAACACAGUACAAAGAUGCCCAAGAACAGACACAGGUUGCUGGACGCUGAAGUCAGCAGGGUGUCCCUUUGUAUGCUGUGCAAUAUGGCAGAAAUAAACAAGUCUGUUCUGUUUCAGGAACUAAAAACAUCAAAAAGCAUCAUCAACGACCAUCCAUAUUUAAAGUGGUAAUACCUUACCAGGAGAUUUGGACUAUGUUCUGCAUUUUGUUACUGCGGUCCUCCUCAAAGUUACAAUUCACAUUAAACUGAAGACUGUUGCAUCUCAAAAAGCUGUGGAAGCCGUCCAUACUUGGGUUAUCUAUUCCUAUAGACUAGACAGGCAAUGAGCAGCUGUUUCCGCACUGCUGUUUACUUACCAGAGCUUGGCUAUGGCUGUAGAACAACAAGUAGUGUAGUUCAACUUAAAUGGUUAUUAUUGCUUUCUUAAGCACAGACAAUCACAGCAAAAGUUUAUUUGUUUUAUGUUUUAAUAAAAUACUAUUUCUUUGCAAUAA